AAGGAACAUUUCUCACUUAGUGAAAAAAUAAAUAAAUAAAAUUAUAAAAAAGAAAAUGAUAAUAAUAAUUACCUGAAAUGUGUCAAAAGAGCUGCACAAUUGUUGCAGCAGGAAAAAGAAACCACUGAGUUUUUCUUAAAUGGGACUGUUCACAUGCUACAUUUAAAAUAUGUUCAUAUUUGACUGUUGUAUGGGUUUGGCAUGUUUGUGUGCUGUCGGUGCAGAAUUGGUUUGCGGACUGUAUUACAGUUGUGAACCCAUAAUAUGUCGUCUUGUGGCAGCAUAGAAUAAUAUCCCUCAUAUAAUUAACUGAUUUAGUAACAUACGUUUCUGGGUUACACGCAAGUAUUGUUGUGGUGUUUGUAAUGUUGCAUGUUCCAUCCUGCAGUGUUGCAAAAUGGACUCUUAGGGACGCUGUUGACCAGAAGGUUGAUGAUUGGGAGCAGGAUUGAAGGAUAGGCACCCAUGUUACGUCGACAGAACACAGAACAAAACGGGAGGAGCACGGAUCAUUCGACGUGCUUGCCAAAUAAAAAACACAUUUUGACUUAAUUCUUAUUUACUUUGAUUAGGAGUGGAUUAUUUUUUAUAUUUGACAGGAAAGAGAAUUUUUCCUUGGAAUACAAGCAGCGUGGAGCUGAGCAGGGGAGAAUUGGACAGAACAAUGAAUGGGCAAGUACUGAUGUUUGUCUUUCUCUUCGCCCUCGACGCAGUGCACGGCCAAGCCAGCUACUCUAUACCAGAGGAAAUGAGCAGAGGAUCUUCAGUGGGCAACAUAGCACAGGAUUUGGGGUUAGAAAUACGACGAUUAAUUUCAGGCAAAGCAAAGAUUUAUUCCAGGAACAAUGAGGACUAUAUCGAGCUGAACCGAGAGAAAGGAGCCCUCCUCGUUAAAGAGAGGAUCGACAGAGAGGCUCUUUGCGCGCACACUGCGCUUUGUGCGCUGCAUUUACAAAUUAUUUUGGAGAAUCCAAUGGAAUUUUACAGCGUCACUGUGCAUAUUGCAGACAUUAAUGAUAAUGCGCCAAGCUUUGACAAAAAUGAGUUGAACUUCAAAUUAAUCGAAUCGACAAAUGUAGGAGCAAAAUUUGUUUUGGAAAGGGCAGUAGAUCUUGAUGUUGGAAUUAACGGCCUUCAAAAUUAUGUAUUAAAACCAACAGAUCAUUUUUCCCUAAAAUUGCAAAAUAACGCAGAUGGAAAUAAAAAUGUUGAAAUGGUUUUACAAAAGCCUUUAGACCGAGAAAAGGAGGAGCAGAUGUCUCUCGUGUUAACUGCUGUAGAUGGAGGAGAGCCGCGGAUGUCAGGAACAAUCCUGAUUCUUAUUACAGUGUUAGACGCUAAUGAUAAUGCUCCUGUUUUUACACAACCAAUCUAUAAAGCCACUAUUGCUGAGAAUUCACCAGUAGGAACAGUUGUAGUCACUGUUUCUGCUUCUGAUGCAGAUGGCGAUUUAAAUUCCAAAAUAUCAUAUUCAAUCACCAACACUCGUGACAACAUUAGAAACAUAUUUGUUGUAGAUAAAGAAAAAGGUCAGGUUUCGUUAAUUGGAAAUAUAGAUUUUGAAAAGUCAAGACAAUUUCAAAUUAAUUUACUUGCAAGUGACGACGGUGGUCUCACAGAUUCAUGUAAGGUAAUUAUAGAUGUUGAAGAUGUAAAUGACAAUAAGCCAAUAAUUAACAUCAUGUCCAAAUCAAAUGUGGUAUCAGAGGAUGCUGAAAUGAAUACGGCUGUUACAAUGAUCAAUACAGAAGAUUUAGAUUCAGCAGAAAACGGAAAUGUGAAUUGUUUUAUAAAUGAAAAUAUUCCAUUUGUUUUGAAAAGCUCAAAAAAUAACUUCUAUACAUUAGUGACAGAUGGUGAAUUAGACAGAGAGAAGUCAAGCGAGUAUAAUAUCACAGUGACUUGUUCUGAUGAGGGCGUGCCCUCCCUCUUCAGCAGUGUCACUCUAAAUUUACACAUUUCAGAUGUGAAUGACAAUGCGCCUGUCUUUGACAGAAGCUCUUAUGAGGCCUCAGUUGUAGAAAACAACACACCUGGUCUCUCUAUAUGCACUGUGAAAGCAAGUGAUGCUGACUGGAACCAGAAUGCUCGUGUUUCUUACAUCCUGGAGGAUUCUUCUGUCAACGGAGUGCCAGUAUCCUCAUACGUGUCCGUCAAUGCGGAGAGUGGAGUUAUUCACGCAAUUCGUUCUUUUGACUUUGAGCAACUCAAAGAGUUCCACUUCCACGUCAAAGCUCAGGAUGGAGGCUCCCCUCCUCUGAGCAGCAACGUGAGUGUGGGCAUCCACAUCCAGGACGCCAACGACAAUGGGCCUCAGGUCCUCUAUCCUGUCCAGACGAGCGGCUCAGUAUUGGCUGAAAUUGUCCCUCAUUCGGCAGACGUUGGCUACCUAGUGACUAAAGUGGUGGCUGUGGAUGUGGACUCGGGACAGAAUGCCUGGCUCUCAUAUAAAGUGCACAAAGCCACAGACAGAGCGCUGUUUGAAGUGGGCCUCCACAAUGGAGAAAUAAGAACUGUCCGCCAAGUGACUGAUAAAGAUGCUGUCAAACAAAGACUGACUGUUGUCGUGGAGGACAACGGGCAGCCCUCUCGUUCAGCUACUGUCAUUGUUAACGUGAUGGUGGCGGACAGCUUCCCUGAAGUGCUGUCAGAAUUCACUGACUUUAACUUGCAUGACAAGGAAUACAAUGACAAGCUGACUUUUUACUUAGUCUUGGCUUUGGCUGUGGUCUCCUUCCUCUUCAUCACCUGCUUGUUGCUUAUCAUUUCUGUCAAAGUGUACAGAUGGAGACAGUCUCGUAUCCUGUACCACUCCAACCUGCCCGUCAUUCCGUAUUAUCUGCCACGUUAUUCGGAUACUUUAGGGACGGGGACGCUCCCGCACGUGUACAAUUAUGAAGUGUGCAGGACCACUGACUCCAGGAAAAGUGACUGUAAAUUGGACAGAACUGCUAGUCACAAUUUGCUGGUGAUGGACCCUACCCUGACAAGGACCAUGCCGAUGAGACAAAGUGAAAAGAAUAUUCUGGAUGAGCCUGACUCUCCUUUAGAGAAACAAAGCUGACCAAUACGCGGGGUC